AUGUCUACCGCCGCGUCCACGGGCUCGCCCAACGAGCGUCGCAUCUCGGGCUCAAACAUCUCGGGCUCAAACAUCUCGGGCUCAAACAUCUCGGGCUCGAAAAGCUACUCACAGGACGAAAAUGCAGGCCCUCCCGACGAUUUCCUCUCUGUUCCACAAGAGAUCACAACAAACUUGAAAAAGACGGUCACCGCUCUGACAACCUCCAAGCUGGUCAACCAAAGCUGCCCAAAGAAGUUGAAGGUGAACCACGAGCAGCUCUCCUCGGUCGAUUCAUACUCGAUGGAAAAGCUCUAUGCAAGCCGUUCUGAACAGCAGGCCCUGCUGCAGCACCAAAACGAGGUUCUAAAGUCGUUGGAUGACGAGGCUAUGUACUCUCGCGGCUUUGACCACCAGUCAUCUUGCAGCUCCUUCCCCAUCACCCCAGCGACGGAUGCCUUUGGUCCGACUGCCCCAACGACUCGGUCUGCCAGCGUUGUUCCAAACGGCCAAAUCCCCUCCGAGGAGCUUCUGCAUCUCAAGUUGGAGCUGGCGCAGGCCCAGAACAGGAUUUCGCGGCUUGACCAAGAGUUGGCACAGACUCGCCUCGCCACCCAGGACUGUGGGCGUGUGACUCCGAGCCUUCUCCACGAGUCGGACUUCCCGAUGGCGCUGUCAGCUGCGACGUCGCCGGGCACUUCUCGAGGUCCAAUUAGCCAAGUCUUCAAUGUUCCGAGCAAGGCGCCUCCGUCAUUCUCUCGGGAGAAUAGCUGGAUGUCUCAGGAGGACACUCGCCCUGACACCAAUGAUCCCAUGUCGGCUGGCGGCCUUAUCCGUGCUCGUGGAAUCUGGAACAAUAAGACUGCAUUCACUAGUCCCUUUCCGCAAAGCCCAGCCCCGAUGGCAGAGGGACCUCAGUCGGUGCCGUGGCCCAAUGCCCGUGUCGCCAAUCAGGGCUUCGAGCCUCCCUUUCAGCCACCAAGCAUGGAGUCAUACCGGCCAGAUCGAAUGGCUCCUCCUGACCAUGAUAUGAUGCGACCGGCUGGACGCCGCACAAACAGAUUCGACAGCCGCUUUGGAGUGCCGAACAACUUCAGCGGCGGCUAUGGUGGAUACAACAACAUGGGAGCCGGCCAGUACGAGGCUCCCCAGGGCUAUUCCAGUGGCCCGCCCGGUCCGGCUUCUGGUGGGGUGGGAAUUGGGCUGUACACGGCAUACCAGCAGCAGCCUGUUGGAACACCCCUGUCCCCCCAUGCCACCGAGUUCACGUCGGGAACGGCACCAUGGAAGUCGGAGUCUCUGGCCUCAGAGGGACAGACAUAUAUGCCCGCCACGGAGCCACUCAACUAUCGCCGUCUACUUGACCGUAAUGUUACCUGCGAUUGGAAGUAUAUCGUCGACAAGAUUGUGUGCAACAACGACCAGCAAGCCUCUAUUUUCUUACAACAGAAGCUCAAGGUUGGGACCUCUGAGCAGAAAUAUGAUAUUGUCGAAGCGAUUGUUGCGCAGGCGUACCCCCUCAUGGUCAACCGAUUUGGCAACUUUCUGGUCCAGCGCUGCUUUGAGCAUGGCACCCCCGAGCAGGUCAUCAAGAUUGCCGAGGCAAUUCGAGGCAACACUCUCAACCUCUCGAUGGAUCCUUUUGGCUGCCAUGUGGUACAGAAGGCCUUCGACUCAGUUCCCGAGGACUACAAAGCCAUCAUGGUGCACGAAUUGUUGCGGCGCAUUCCAGAGACGGUCAUUCACCGGUAUGCCUGUCAUGUCUGGCAGAAGCUUUUCGAGUUGCGAUGGACCGAGUCGCCACCCCAAAUCAUGAAGUACGUGAACGAAGCGCUUCGUGGCAUGUGGCAUGAAGUGGCGCUUGGGGAGACCGGAAGCUUGGUGGUUCAGAACAUAUUUGAGAACUGCUUGGAAGAAGAUAAGCGCCCCUGCAUCGAGGAAGUGCUGGCGAACAUUAACAUUGUCGCUCACGGGCAAUUUGGCAAUUGGUGUAUUCAACACAUUUGUGAGCAUGGAGCUCCCGCGGACCGAAGCCGUGCUGUCGACCACGUCAUCCGCUAUGCGGCCGAGUACAGCAUGGACCAGUUCGCCUCAAAGGUCGUCGAGAAAUGUUUGAAGAUUAGCGGUCCCGAGUUCCUCAGCCGGUACCUUGACCGUGUCUGCGAGGGCAGGGUCGACCGGCCUCGGAUCCCCUUGAUCGACAUUGCGAGUGACCAGUACGGGAACUACCUUAUCCAGUACAUCCUUACGCAUGCCAACCCACAGCAUCGCGAGAUUGUCGCCGCCCAUAUUCGCAAGCACAUGGUGUCGCUCCGUGGCUCCAAGUUUGGCUCCCGGGUUGGCAUGCUCUGCACCAACCACGCCGUCGCCACUCGCCCGGGCCCUGGAGUCGGUCCGGCCAUGGGCACUCGAAUGGGACCGGGCCCGCGGUUUUCCGGCGGCUACCGCUAG